CUCAAUCUCUCCGCCCCGCUACCCCUCUUAAACAAAUCCAUACCCAAAUCCUAUAAACUCACAUUUGGGUUUCAUUUCGAAUUCCCCCAUCUUUUGAUCUUUCACAAUCCACCCUUCUUCUUCAAUUUCAAGAAAAUGGCGUCGAUUUUUCAAGGAGUUGGAACUGCUACUACCCUCUCGUCCUCCGCCUCAUUUGACUCCAACAAAUUCCAUCCUUCUUCUCGUAGAUCCCUUUCAGAGAGGAAAGUAAGUUUUCUUGUGGUUAGAUCUGAUGCUGCUAAGAUGAACCCUGGUUUGAACAAGAUUGGAGGUAGAGCUGAUCAAUUGGUUACAAAUGCUGUUGCAACAAAGCCUGAUACUUCAGCAGCAUCUACUGCUGCAUCUAAAUCUGGGCAUGAGUUAUUGCUCUUUGAAGCCCUUCGAGAAGGCCUUGAAGAAGAGAUGGAGAGAGAUUCACGUGUAUGCAUUAUCGGAGAAGAUGUAGGACACUAUGGAGGAUCAUACAAAGUGAGCAAAGGCCUCGCCCCAAAAUAUGGUGAUCUGAGGGUUCUCGACACCCCAAUUGCCGAAAACGCCUUCACCGGAAUGGGAAUCGGAGCCGCCAUGAUGGGGUUACGGCCAAUCAUCGAAGGAAUGAACAUGGGAUUCCUCCUCCUUGCUUUCAACCAAAUCUCCAACAACUGCGGUAUGCUCCACUACACAUCCGGCGGCCAGUUCAAGAUUCCGGUGGUGAUCCGGGGACCUGGCGGCGUUGGGCGGCAGCUCGGAGCCGAGCACUCCCAACGUCUGGAAUCGUAUUUCCAGUCCAUUCCCGGAAUUCAGAUGGUCGCAUGCUCGACCCCUUAUAACGCUAAGGGAUUAAUGAAAGCCGCUAUUCGAAGCGACAACCCUGUGAUACUUUUCGAACACGUUUUACUCUACAAUCUCAAGGAAACAAUUCCCGAUGAAGAAUACGUUUUGAAUCUCGAAGAAGCCGAAAUGGUCCGACCCGGAGAACACGUAACCAUUCUCACGUAUUCGCGAAUGAGGUAUCAUGUGAUGCAGGCUGCCAAAACUCUAGUGAACAAAGGUUACGAUCCUGAAGUUAUCGAUAUCCGGUCUUUGAAGCCGUUUGACCUCCACAUGAUCGGGAAUUCGGUCAAAAAAACGCAUCGUGUGCUGAUCGUGGAGGAAUGUAUGCGAACCGGAGGAAUUGGGGCCAGUUUGACAGCAGCUAUCAAUGAAAAUUUUCAAGAUUUCUUGGAUGCACCAAUUGUGUGUUUAUCUUCACAAGAUGUGCCAACCCCAUAUGCAGGGACACUGGAAGAAUGGACCGUCGUUCAGCCACCGCAGAUUGUGGCGGCGGUGGAGCAGCUCUGCCGGUAAAAGGGAUUGCAGAAGAGAUGAUCUAGAUAAGACCAUUUCUGAUGGUGGUAACUUUGGUUUGAUUAUAUAUCUUGAAACUACUGUAAUUCACAGACUAAUUGUUUUUCUAUCAUCAUUUUCGUUUUUGUUUUAUUCCGGUUAAGGUUAUCCAUGAAUUUUGUGGAACCGAAAGUUCGUUAUCGAGUUGAGUUUGUGUUUC